GAAUUCAAACGGACGGCGGGAGAGGAGCGGCGCCAUCUUGGGGCCGGGGCCGGCACUCCGGCCCUAGGCGAGGGGACGGGCGGCCCUGUGGUGGGUUCCUCCUUCCUCCAUCCGCAGCCGCGAGCCAUGCACGUAGCCGGCUUUGACUCGUCAGAUGAAGAGGUCGUUGAGGAGGAGGGGGAGGAGCCGCUGCCGCUGUCCUGGCUCCCUCUGUCUCCUGUCUACUCCUCCGCGUUCCUGGGCGUGUGUUCCCUUCCGGGUUGCAGGUUUAAGGAUGUUAGAAGGAAUCUUCAGAAAGAUAUCGAUGAACUGAAGAGCUAUGGGAUCCAGGAUGUGUUUGUGCUUUGUACCAAAGGAGAGCUCUUAAAAUACCGAGUACCAAACCUUAUAGAUGCCUACCAAGAGUGUGGGAUCUGUGUGCACCACUAUCCUAUUCCAGAUGGAGAUGCUCCUGACAUCACCACAUGCUGCACAAUUCUGGAAGAGCUCAGAAGCUGCCUGGAAAGCAACAGGAAGACAAUUAUCCACUGUUACGGCGGCCUCGGACGCUCCUGCCUCAUAGCUGCAUGCCUCCUGCUUCAGCUUUCGGAUGUAGUGACACCUCAGCAAGCAAUAGACAGCCUCAGAGACUUAAGAGGAUCCAGGGCGAUACAGACAAUCAAGCAAUACAAUUUUAUCCAUGACUUUCGAGAGAAUGUAGCUGCACAUCUGGCAACACAGGAUACAGUACAGAGAUCAGUAUCACGGUGAACUCGUGCUGGAGUGGUGUGGCUUUGUCUACGUGGCUGUGGCAGACACCUGCACAAGGCAGCUCAUCCCAACCUCAAUACUGCUCAUGGCUCCUGCCUCAGUGACGCUGCUGCUCGCUUUCAGAUGUGCGUGUAAAAUGUUGGGGCAGAAAUCUUGAUGCACAUAGAGCAUCUUCAGCUGUUUAGCAAUCGUUAGUACUCACUGCCUUAAAAAUGCACGGAACUGUUUUGUGUUCAUUACUGGGGUGGUGGUGGCCUGAAUGCCUAACAGGCUUCUUCUCAAUACAAGGACAACUUGCACAUAGAAUAUCUCAUGUUUAGCAUCUCUUGGCACUGUGCUGCCGCUGCACUGGUGUGCUGGCCUCUUGGUGUGACAUCCUGGUGUGCUGCCUGCGUGGAAGCAGGGCUGGGCUAUCAAAGCUGCAACUGCAUUUCAUUUGUGUUUUGUCUGUUUGUAUGUAGCAUGAGAACUGAGACAAGUGGUUGGACAUGCAGGCAAGAUAUGGGCAGAAACAAACUAAUUUCAUUCUAGGCUACAGAAGUACUCAAAAAGCAACCAACUGAAUGGGAGACACUCAGUGGCUGUUGAAGAUGCCAGGUUCCCAGCUCAGAUCUGUAACAAUGUGGGUUUCCACCUAUUUUCUCCCACUAUACAGCACGUGCAUAUUGGACUGCAGAUUUCUGCAGCCACCUGUAUGAUGUGCUAUCACAUCUAGCACCUGAGAGGCUCAAAGGGAACAAAUAAACUAUUUAUAUGACAGCAUAUAAAACCUAUAUAUAUAUUUUCCAGCUAAAACUGGAAAAUGACUUGGUUUUCCUGAACAGGAUUGCUGUUCACAAUGACCAUUUACAAUGCAAUGUUAGCAGUCUGUGAAACAUCUCCCCCAGCCCCAAUCACUAUUUAUCUGCAGAGCCACAAGAACACAAAAGCAGGGAAUUGGAGCUUCCCUUUUCCAGGCACAACUUGAUUCUGUGUUCUGUUUAUAAAAGGUAAUGCAAUUAUCCCAUCAGAACACAGGUGAAUGCAGCAGGUAUCUGUCCCAUUUAAAGACAAAAUGAGGCACCAAGUAAAAGUAAGCAUUUCUGAAUUUGAGACUUUAUUUAUUGCACUAAGGAACAGCAGGGCAGUUUCACAAUCUCUCCUUUGAAAAAGCUCUGUAGUAUUACUCUCAAGCUCAGGAGUAUUUUCACCAUUGGAAUUGAUAAAUGUGGCUUUAUCCAGUUGUGAGUCAAUUUGCUAAUGGUGUCUGUGCACGGACUGUAAAAAAAAUCAUCUACAUUCA